CGGAAGUUGCGUGCUGCGCCGGCGCCCACACGGUGCGUCGGGAGAAGCCUUGCGGAUUCCGAGGGUGCUGCUAUGGCUUCCAGCGGGGUUGGCGUGAGCGCUGCCGGCGCGCCAAAUGAAGCACCCGAAAUUCCCGACAACGUGGGAGAUUGGCUCCGGGGCGUUUACCGCUUCGCCACCGACAGGAACGAUUUCCGGAGGAACUUGAUCCUCAAUUUGGGACUUUUUGCCGCGGGCGUUUGGCUGGCCAGGAAUUUGAGUGACAUUGACCUAAUGGCACCUCAGCCAGGGGUGUAGCCAAAUAGACACAUGGGACCCCCUGUGCUCUCCUUGAACCUUCCAAAAACAGAGCCUCCAAUCUGUGACCGGCACAAGACUUGCCCUGAUGGAAGUUGAAGUUUCAUUCAGACGGGCACCUUCCCUUCCCAAUUUCCUUUUCUCCACUGAGCCCGCUCAGGAUUCCGUUCUCUGGUCAGCAGUCACGUUGCAACCAAAGUGUUGUCCUCUGUUCUGUAAAGUUCUGUACAUAGUUCCUAAGUUUCUGCAGGGGGUGAUCUUUGCUCUUGUCCUGAGGAAUACCUAAUGGUAUUUUAACAAAUAUUUGGAAUAAAGACUGUACACAAAGAA